AUGUUGACUAAAUUCGCCACUAGACAUUUCUCCUCCACCGCCUCCACCGCCUACAAGGUGUCUGUUCUUGGUGCUGCCGGAGGUAUUGGACAGCCAUUGUCUUUGUUGAUGAAGCUGAACCACAAGGUGACCCAAUUGUCCUUGUACGACCUGAGAUUGGGUGCUGGUGUUGCCACUGAUAUUUCCCACAUCCCAACAAACUCCACCGUUACUGGUUUCGGACCAGAGGACAACGGAUUGGCAAAGGCUUUGGACGGUGCCGAUGUUGUUCUUAUUCCUGCUGGUGUUCCAAGAAAGCCAGGUAUGACCAGAGAUGACCUGUUCAACACCAAUGCUUCCAUUGUGAGAGACUUGGCCAAGGCUGCUGCCGACCACUCUCCAAACGCUGCCAUCUUGGUUAUUUCCAACCCUGUCAACUCCACCGUUCCGAUCGUGGCCGAGGUUUUGAAGGCCAAGGGAGUGUACAAUCCAAAGAAACUGUUUGGUGUCACCACCCUGGACGUUUUGAGAUCCUCCAGAUUUUUGUCUGAGGUUGCAAAGACCAACCCAGUCCACGAGAUUGUUCCUGUUGUUGGUGGACACUCUGGUAUCACCAUCGUUCCUCUUAUAUCUCAAACUAACCACAAGAACUUGCCAAAGGAGACCUACGACGCUUUGGUCCACAGAAUUCAAUUCGGCGGUGACGAGGUUGUCCAGGCCAAGGGCGGUGCAGGUUCCGCUACUUUGUCCAUGGCCCAGGCCGGUGCCAGAUUUGCCGGUGCCGUCUUGAACGGUCUUGCUGGUGAACAGGACAUUGUCGAGUGCUCUUUCGUCGAUUCUCCAUUGUACAAGUCCGAGGGUGUCGAGUUCUUCUCCUCCAAGGUCACUUUGGGUGUUGACGGUGUCAAGCAAAUCCACGGCUUGGGUAAUUUGACCAACGCCGAGGAGGAGAUGGUUAACACUGCUAAGGAGACUCUGAUCAAGAACAUCGAGAAGGGUGUCAACUUCGUCAAGCAGAACCCAUAA